AUGGAUCCGGAGGAUGUGAAGAAGCUGUCGGAAGUGGAGUUGACUGGAUUACUGUACUGGAUUGAGAUGCAAAAACCGUAUGGAGAGAUUCCGGAUGACGAUAAAUCCAUUCUUUUGCAUCGAUAUUCGGUCAGGAAGCUGAGUUUGGACCAUUUCUACAGUGCAUCGAAACAUCCAGAACACUGUUCGAGACGAGAAUUCGUUAUGAAUAAUUACACUUUUGUCCCAAAUGAUCGAACUGGUUUCGAAUUGCCAGAGGAUGAUGAUGUGCAGAUUCGAGCCAAGAGAGAAUGCUUCUCUCGCACAUUCAAUCGAUUCUGGAAGAAUGUGAUCAAACCGUUUGGAGCGUUGAAAGUCACCGAUGCGGAGAUUGUCUUCUUGCAUGUCAUGUUGCUAUGGAGUGCUUCGAACAACUCGCACGUCACCGCUGAAACCGUCAAAACGAUGACGAACCGCCGAGAAUGGGCACGAACUCGUCUCUCGACGUGGUACCAUGACCAUAGUCUCGAGAAUCCCGUGGAACGUCUUCAGAAGAUUCUGGAGCUCUUGAAAGAGAUUGAAAUCGUUUGCGACAUGCACUGUGAGGAUUUCGUCGUCGCCAAAAUGUACGAAUUCUGUGAUAUGAGCAAAUUCUUCUACGAAACGCUGUGCUAUGCGCCAUGUAAUGCGGAUAAGGAUCAUGUCGAUCCGAGUCUUUUUGAGCAGUUUAAGAAGUAUGCGACGAGAGAUGGCUCCAAACCCCGCCCAUCAGAUGACACGACUCCUGAAGAAUCUGCUCCAGAAGGCCCUGUGAAUCGGUUCGCUGGAGAUAUCGAUCCGACUCGUCUGGUCCUGGAUCAAUCCAAUUUGACAGCGGUGAUGGCUCCACUGCCAGAUGAUAAGGGAUUCGAUUUGAAUGAUUUGCAAUAG